AUCUUAAUGACGUCGGCUAUUGUUUGGUGAAAUCCGAAACCAGAGACGGCUGGUUAGUAGUAAAGCUAGAGGAUUUUUGGUGAAACUGGUUUACCCGAAAAGCUAUUUAGGCCAAUAUUUCAUUUGGCUGUUUGUAUUGUAUUACUCCUUAGCAAUGAACAAAAACAAGGCCAGUGGCGUGUCAUGGGUGAAACCAGCGGAACCGUCCUUUCUGAAGAAGUUUAAAGAAGAUGUUGGUUAUAAAGAAGGACCCACUGUUGAUACUAAGCGCCAGGUGAUGCCAACCCUCGAUGACAGCGGGAGUGAUCGAGAGGAUGAGUUACCCCAAGUUGUGGUUUUAAAAGAAGGACACCUGAACGCAGAGGAGGUUAAGAAGAUCAAGGACGAAAUACAUACUGGUGGUGGCGCAGAGAAAGACGAUGAACCCCCUUCUGAUGGUAAAAUCCUGUUCAAGAAACCAGCCAAGCGCUCCUCCUCAGAAAAAUUCCAGGGCAUCACUGCCACCUCCAGCAAAAAGAAGAAGAGUGAUGGAGGAGAGGAGGAGGGGGAAGAGAGAAAGUCUGGAAAGAAAGUAAAAAAUAAUAGCCUUCUGUCAUUUGGAGGGGAUGAAGAAGAGGAGGACUAAAUGUUACUGGUGAAAUGUAAGUCUGUAUGUAACACCUGUGACAAAAAGGAAUCAAAGUGUGACUUUUGAAUAGUGAUAAAAUGUUUCAAAAUAUUGACCAAUAGAAACAGAGGUCACAUUGACAGACAACAGAUACUGUCUGGAGUUCAUCAUGUUGCAGCCUGUCCAUUCUGUAGUUUUAAGGACCGUGCCAGUAUGUUUGCAUGUCUUAGCCAAAUAGUAAAUUUGUAAUACCGACAACCCAAACAUGUAUUUUAGUACACUGUACAAAUCAACUUGCCAAUAUUCAAUUUGAAUGAACAUCUUGAUUUCCCUGUUUUUGUUUCUAUUAUCACUGUAUGCACAGGGACGAUUUCCAACUGUUUUUGUUAAGAAUGACAUGACACCAACAAUCUAGUAGUCGGUACCAAUACCAUCAAAAGUACACCAUGGUUGACACCAAAGUCAAUACCACAGUGUAAAAAAGGAAAACAAUAAUACUUAAACUGUUGCAAAAUAAAAAACAGUUACAUAAUAGAUAUACAAUUCAUAUUUAAACAGUCGAUCAUU